UCGCUGCACAGAAAUUAGAUCCCGAAACACACGCAUUGUGGGAAGAAAAGAUUCCAGUUGAGGAGUUACCCACGUGGACGGAUAUGGCUACGUUCUUGCAGAGGAGAUGUCAAACAUUAGAAAAUGUGACUCAUGCUAUGGUAACAAAAACACCUAGCACACAGGGUUGUGCGAUUUGUCAAAAGCAUAACCAUAUUGUGUACACGUGCCCACUAUUCGCAAGUUUGAGUCCAAGUGACAGGUGGAAGGAAGCCAAAAGAGCACAUCUGUGCAUAAAUUGUCUCAAACCAGGACAUCAGGUGCAGCAAUGUAAAUCUUCUACAUGUCGUUGUUGUUCCAUGAAGCAUCAUACCCUGCUGCAUUUUACUCAAGUCCACCCAGCCGCAGCUGGUAUUUCUGAAACCACACCUGGUCCAUCACAGCCAGCUGUCCUCGUCACAAGGACAUCAAAAAGUCGCUCACCUUCACCUCAGUCACGCUCUUGUUCAACUGAAUGUGUGCUUCUUGCAACUGCUAUUGUUUUCGUUCGCAACAGUGUCGGAUCGCUAAUACCAUGUCGCGCGAUCCUCGAUUCUGCUUCACAAAUCAACUUUAUAACGACGAGAUUAGCAAAUCAAUUACAAAUUAAAAAAUCUAAAUCAUCGUUAGCAGUUUUCGGUUUCGGAGAUUCGGAAUUUAUUGUUAAUUCUAGCGUCAACAUUUCAAUUCAUUCUGUACAUAACAGCUUCAGUGCCAAUUUAGAAUCUGCCGUAACUCCAACAAUCACCGAUUAUCAGCCAAAUUAUCCACUCGAAAUCUAUGAUUGGGAUAUUCCAGCGAAUAUCAACUUAGCUGAUCCCGAGUUUCAGAAGCCCCAACGUGUGGAUCUUCUCAUAGGUGCAAGCAUAUUUUUUGAUUUGAUUGCAUUGGUCAAAUUCGUUUAA